UAAUUUAGACAAAAGUGUCCCCUAAUUAUAAUUUAUUUUUGCAUUUUGAUCUGAAACAAAACGUUGAAAUAGUGUCUCCGUCAUCUCUCUUCUCUUUCUGCAACCAACUCCCACGAGACGGUCUUGGUCUUCGAAGAUGGUGCAUACAAACACGAUGACGACGCCUGGGAGCUCCGAUUACUUGGAAUUGUAUCCGGAGAGGAAAAUGUCCUACUUCAAGAAUCCCUACAUUCUCGGAGUCACUGCAGCUGCUGGCAUAGGUGGACUCCUCUUCGGCUACGAUACAGGUGUUAUAUCAGGGGCCCUUCUCUAUAUUAAAGAUGAUUUUGAGGAAGUCCGCAGAAGUAGCUUACUUCAGAAUUUAUGGUUCCAGUGCCAAAAAUAGAGACAACUUCUCGCUAGUUACUGCACUCCGGAGUUUUCAUGGUGUGCUACUGUGCAUUAUUUAUAAUUUGAAACAAUUGUAAGCAUGGCAUUGGUUGGUGCAAUUAUUGGAGCAGCAACAGGUGGCUGGAUUAAUGAUGCGUUUGGACGUAAGAAGGCCACCCUCAGUGCUGAUGUUGUCUUCACUCUUGGAUCACUUGUUAUGGCUGCUGCACCAGAUGCAUAUUUUGUCAUAUUUGGCCGUCUUCUUGUUGGCCUUGGGAUUGGUGUAGCUUCUGUCACUGCUCCUGUAUAUAUUGCAGAAUCCUCACCAUCAGAAAUAAGGGGUUCAUUAGUGAGCACAAAUGUGCUUAUGAUAACUGGUGGACAGUUUCUUUCUUACCUCAUAAAUCUUGCCUUUACCGAGGUUCCAGGGACUUGGCGAUGGAUGCUAGGAGUUGCUGGUUUGCCAGCUGUUAUUCAGUUUUGUGUUAUGCUUUUCCUGCCUGAGUCUCCAAGGUGGCUUUUCCUAAAGAAUAGGAAAGAGGAAGCUAUUUCUGUACUUCGUAAUAUCUAUGAUUACGAGCGCCUGGAAGAUGAAGUCAAUUACUUCGACUCUGUUUCUCAGCAAGAACUUCAGAAACGGAUGGGCAUUAAAUCCAUGGAUGUUUUCAGAUCAAAGGAAAUCAGACAUGCAUUUUUUGUUGGGGCUGGACUUCAGGCUUUUCAGCAGUUCACAGGCAUCAGCAUAGUCAUGUACUACAGCCCCACAAUCAUUCAAAUGGCUGGGUUUAAUUCCAACCAGUUAGCUCUUCUCUUAUCCCUCAUUGUUGCUGGCAUGAAUGUUGCUGGAACAAUUCUUGGCAUUUAUGUAAUUGACCGUGCAGGGCGAAGAAAAUUGGCUCUCUCAAGCAUGUCAGGUGUAAUUGUAGCUCUGGCAAUCCUUUCUGCAGGAUCAUACCUUGAAGCAUCUGACUCCACAAAUAGAACCUACGGGUGGAUUGCAGUCAUUGGUUUAGCUAUGUACCUUCUUUUUUUCGCUCCAGGAAUGGGACCAGUGCCAUGGACUGUGAACUCAGAAAUCUAUCCAGAAGAAUUCCGAGGUGUAUGUGGGGGCAUGUCAGCCACUGUAAACUGGGUUUGCAGUGUGAUAAUGUCACAGAGUUUUCUUUCAAUUUCUGAUGCUGUUGGCCUUGGUGGGAGUUUUGCGAUUCUUGGUGUUAUAGCCGUGGUUGCAUUCUUAUUUGUGCUCUUGUUUGUGCCAGAGACAAAAGGAUUGACAUUUGAAGAAAUGACACUCAUAUGGAAGAGGAGAGCCAGGGGUAAAGAUUAUGACACACAAAGCCUUCUUGAGGGAAACCAGUCCUAAUCCUAAGGUGUCUCGGUUUGUGAGCAGCAGCAUUAUUUGACUGGAGCUAGGAAACCAGUCAUAGGCGUUUGAUAUAUAUGGCUUUGUGUGCAGCAGAAUUUUAAAGAUACAUAUAUUUCUGAAAUAGAUUUUUAUAAAACAUACAUUUAUAUUCAUUUCUUUAAUAAUAUAAUUUAUAUUGAUUUAA